CUGCUUUCCUUCGAUCUAUUUCAUCACCUUCCAUAGUUCCUAAGACACUUGUUCUAUAUAGUCAUGACUUGCAUUGCUCGUUAUAUUUAUAUAGAAACCAAUAUUUAUUUAUUCAUUAUUGAUAUGAUGGCUCCAAAUCGGCUGGUAGUUUGAUUUCAUCUGUUUAUUUCUUCAUUUUCAAGGAUCAACUCACAUGGCAGCGAGAACAGACACGAAGAAGAAAAUAACCGAAAUCGGGCCGCGUGGUGGGCCUGGAGGCCGUGCUUGGGAUGAUGGGAAUUCUUACGAUGGAAUAAGAGAGAUAACAGUGGCUCACGGACAUUGCAUCGACUCCAUUACUGUAGUUUACGAUAAGCAUGGCAAAGCAUCUCCUGCUGAAAAACAUGGAGAAGAUGGUGCCAUCGGGGUGCCAAAACCACAUGUCACAACGGUUAAACUACAAUAUCCAGAGGAAUACCUAAUAAGUGUGAUGGGAUAUUAUGGACAACACCAUGGAAGCGUUGUGAUACGCGCUCUCACCUUUACAAGCAAUAGGACAACAUAUGGUCCAUUCGGGAUGGAAGAAGGAGAGCCGUUUUCAUUAUCCGUUAAAGGAGGCACAAGGAUCAUCGGGUUCAAGGGAAAGAGCGGAUGGUAUGUCGACUCAAUCACCUGCUAUGUUGCCCACCUUCCACCUCCCAAAAGCUGCAACGCAUUUCAAACAUUUCACAAAUCACUCAAGAAAUUGGCCGGCACUCUGCGUGGUGAGGGUGAUGACCACCCGAUCAGAAAAAGGAAUUUGGCAUCUCCAAAAUAUUAAUAACUGGGAAAAUAAUAAAUUUAAAAAAUAAUGGCCAUCACUAAUAAACAAAUGAUAAUAUGCAUUUGAAAAUAAUAUUUAUUUGAGUGUUUGUUAUAAGUUAUUGAUGAGCUCAAUGAUUUGUGUUGGGUAUAUUAUCCCGGCCCACUACUGUUCAGAGGCCCAAAGUAUCACCCCGAUACGGAGCCCAAUUGGCGAGGUCCAUUUAGACCUGCUUCGGCCCAUUAAUGCCUUCUCGGCCCAUUAGGCCCGUUGGAAGAUAAUUGCACCCUUUAUAUACAUAUAAAACACAGUUAUCUUUCAAAAAUCGUUUGACUGCCU